CCACACGCCCCUUAAACCGCCUUCACCCAAUUUAUAUAAGACCACUCGCAAAUUCCCAUGUUUCAUACAAUAGCCCUAAACCAACACAUAUAGUACAACUCAAAUUUCCAUUUUCAUACAAGUUACAUUUUGUUACCUAUACUACUACACUCUAGUUGUUCCACCACUAGCGUUUGUGGCAACAACUUUGAUUUGAGGUUCUGGUUUUUUGUAUAAUCAACAAGUAUUUUAGGCUUCUAUUUGAUACUCAUCGAGUCUUCAUUCCACCGAGUCAGUUCAUUUUUGAACAAAGUGAUAUCUUCUCAUUCUUAAGCCGACAAUCUAUACUCCACACUUUAGUUGUUCCACCAUAUUUUUUGUUACUUAUACUACACCUUUUUAGUGUUUGUAGCAAGAACUUUUGUGUGAGGUUUGUUGCAAUCAAGAGAUAUCUAAGCCUUCUAUUUGAUACUCAAUUAAUCUUUUGAUCGACUUAUUUUGAGAUAAAGUGAUAUCUUUAGUUGUGAUUUCAUUCCUAGACCGAGAAUCGAGUCUCAAACUUUGAUUAGGAAUUCAAGUGUCAAAUCACUUGUACUAACCAUUUUUUGGUUAAUUUGAGGUUCAGUGCAUUGCAACAUGGGGAAGCAAGUUGGUUUUGAGGAUGUUCUUAGAUAUUUCGACGAAGAUGGUGAUGGAAAGGUUUCACCUUCAGAGCUGAAGCACGGGCUGCGAAUGAUGGGUGGGGAGCUUUUGAUGAAGGAAGCUGAGAUGGCAAUUGCGGCAUUGGAUUCUGAUGGAGAUGGGUUGCUGAGUUUGGAGGAUUUGAUUGCUCUUAUGGAAGCUGGGGGAGAGGAGCAGAAGUUGAAUGACUUGAAGGUGGCUUUUGAGAUGUAUGACACUGAAGGGUGUGGGUUUAUAACCCCCAAGAGCUUGAAGAGGAUGCUUAAGAAGAUGGGCGAGUCCAAGUCCAUUGAUGAGUGCAAAGCCAUGAUCAAACAAUUUGAUUUGAAUGGGGAUGGUGUGCUAAGCAUUGAAGAAUUCAGAAUUAUGAUGCAGUGAGGCAUGUGUAUCUAAAUGUUGAUUAUGUAUAGUGUGUAUUUGAAAUUUGAUUGAUUUGUUUGCACAUCAUAUGUAUAAUAACACUAUAACUCCUAUGAUAGUACUAUUUUAGCUGCUUCUCGAUAGUGAUCAAAAUAACUAUCAGAUUUUGCCCCAACUGUGCUAUUUCAAUCAUUAUUCAAGUUUUCUUAAUGAGAGUUGUGUUAUUAUUCUUA